CUCUCCACAGCAGCGCGUCUCUCACCGCGCCUUGGAUGCCGAGUGACCAGCAGCACUGAGCGGAGAAACCGUCCAGAGUAAACCGCCGUCAGCACACCAGCACAGCAAAAAUAAAACCCAAACGAUGACAUUCUUACAGAUACGACAGAAGCAAACAAUUAUUUGACAAAUUCCGACCCCGCACCUUGCCAUCGCCACUCCUCGCUGUAAGUGUCCCGCUCCAACUUUCCAGCCCUUCCCCCCAGCCCAUCGGCCCUCCAGUCCAGCGGGACCAUGAUGCUCAGCAGCUCUGUGGAGGUGCCCAGCCCGGGAGGGAUGAGCGGCCUUAGCGGGCUGAGCGUGGCGGCCCGGAAUGUGGUGCGCUCCUCCAGCAUCUCGGGGGCCAUGUACAACCUCGAGAAGAGUCCCGGAAGUGGGGGCCCAGACUCCGUAUCACUGGCUGGCAACAAGAAGCGGCGCUCCAGUCUGGGCGCCAAGAUGGUGGCCAUUGUGGGGUUGUCGCAGUGGAGCAAGAGCACGCAACAGCUCAAUCAGCAAGACGGCGGAACGAAGAAGCUUCGCAGCACCAUCCGACGGAGCACAGAGACCGGCAUCGCCGUGGAGAUGAGGAACCGGGUGACACGGCAGGGCAGCAAGGACUCAACUGAUGGCAGCACCAACUCAAACAGCUCUGAUGGAACGUUUGUCUUCCCUACCACACGCCUGGGGCCUGAGAGCCAGUUCAGUGACUUUCUGGAUGGACUAGGCCCUGCUCAAAUCGUAGGCCGGCAAACACUAGCUACACCCUCCAUGGGGGAUGUCCAUGUAGGCAUGGUAGACAGAGGAGGGCAGCUGGAGGUGGAGGUCAACCAGGCCAGAGGGUUGACCCCGAAACCGGGCUCCAAGAGCAUACCAGCGACGUACGUGAAGGUGUAUGUCUUGGAGAAUGGUGUGUGCUUGGCCAAGAAGAAAACCAAAGUAGUGAAGAAGACUCUGGACCCCACCUACCAGCAGGCUCUGUUGUUUGAUGAGAGCCCUCAGGGCAAAGUCCUACAAGUAAUAGUGUGGGGGGAUUAUGGGCGUAUGGACCACAAGUGCUUCAUGGGAAUGGCCCAGAUCCUUCUGGAGGACUUGGACCUGUCUGCCACAGUCAGCGGCUGGUACAAGCUGUUCCCUACCUCGUCUCUGGCAGAUCCCAGCAUCGGACCCCUCACCAGACGCCUCUCCCAGUCCUCCCUGGAGAGCGCCACCAGCCCCUCGUGCACCUAGACACCCAGUAGACACCCACAUGCACGGGCACAGGCAGAGUCAUGCAGACAUGGACACACAUACUGUAUAUACACAACGACUGUAUUUGACGUGCAAGACAGGUAGACAUACACACACAUAUACCCAUCUGUGCAGGAAGACACAUUUGACAUAUAGGUGCAAAUACCUGAUCUCAUCCACAUGAAUACACACAGUGACACGCGGCCAUAUCCUUUACUGGACAUUACACACUACGUCCAUAUUCACACCCAUUGAUCAGUGUUUCUAGUUGAGAAAACGGUUAGCAAAUCCAACUUGAAGUAGAUAUAAUUUACCAGAACAUGUAGCAUUUUUCAACCUACCAUUUCAACAUUUCCUACCAUGACACAGCGAUCCACUGGGUGCCAUAUUCUGCGUUCCAAAAUAACAGAUUUAUCUGUGGCACGACUCAUCCCAGGGCCAGCCCGAUGCCAGUUUCUAAACUCUAUGCCAAACUAAGAGAAAAAAACUUUAUUUUUUAAAACCAAAGCAAUUGUUAUUGUUGUUAUUAUUACUAUAAGUAGUAGGUGAACUAGUAUACAAUAUAAAGUAUGGAUAUGUAGCAGAGUCAAUGACUUAGAUGUAAUGCAAAAAAAGAAGAUACAUUCUACACACAUGAGCUGAGAACGGUAGGCCAGACACAUAAACAUACCUGGGCAACAGGCUUGGAUAUUCACAUAAUGGCUAUUAUGUGAGGUAGCAACACUGCUAUUCUUAUAAUUUUCACAGGGCAGAGUUUAUAUAUAGAUAUACAUAUAUAUAUAUAAAUAGAUAGUUAAAUACUUAUUUGUGUUUAUGUAUGGAUCGGCUGCAUUCUGCAUGUUUGCUUGCAACCCUUUGUAGAGACAUUUUAAAGUGCUUAAAUAUUUUUAUUUAGCUUGCCUUGACCAAUGUAACAGGAGUAUAGUGCCACUUUAUUUUGCAAUCUGUCCUGAGAAAAGAGCCCUGCACUGAGUUAGGGAGAAGGAUUGGCGCUUUGGUGACAUGGAGAGCGCUAUUGUCGCCAUCUGGAGAAGAAGAGAACAAAUUAGUCAGCAAGCUACCCUUUCGCUGUUGAACACAUUUCUGAUCUUGCCUUCAUCUUUAGAGUUUAAAGGACUGUUGUACCACACAGGGCACUCAGCACAAAGGCAUUGUGGGAAAUGUGUCCAGCUCUAUGUGUUCCAGGGGGUGCCACAGUCUCACUCUCUCUCCGUAUACCAGCACCUAGACUUGUUUGAUCUUCCUGUUGAUGUCCCCGUUUCAAUGUCAUCUUUUUUUCGCACUCUUCCUAAUUUAUGAAGGAGGUAGGAAGGUGGCGAGCGUGCCUUUGUCUCCCUCUCCACAGCUGGUCAGUUCACAGCCAGGCACACACACAGCUGGUACCAACUACAACCUUUAACCCUCCUACUUUCUCUGCUCUGUCACGCUGACUAUAACUAAACCUUUUGGAAAUGUUUUCUUUUUGAUAUCUGACGCUAGUAUUACUUUGCUAGCAGGGUGAUUGUUAACCUGCCAUGUCCGGUAGUUUUACUUGUUUCAGGUGCAAUAUGUCACUCUAUUUCCUGUCAGGCAGCGUGUUUGUGUUUAAGAUGGCACUUUAAUGUAAAAUAUGUGUUAUGUUUGAAAUACAAACAUGCAGUGGUUGAAUCCCUGUUUAUUUAUUUUAAUUUUAUUUGGUCACACUGCAGUGUGCACCUCUGAAUCUUUUAAUUGAAUGCCAGCAUGGAAAUGUAACUCGAAUAUAUUUUGAAUAUCUGUGUAAAGGCCCACUAGGGCAGCUGAAACAGGUCAGUUUUGUCACUGAUUUUAGACUUUAAUCUCAUUUAUUGGCAAAAAAACUUAAAUCGUGUACAACAUAGGGUUAUUCAAAAACAUAAAAAAAUUGUGUAAGCAGAUACAUUUUAAUCACAUUUAGAUCUUGAAAUUUGUUUAUCUUUAAAGAUAAAGACGUGUCCCAAAAAGUCACAAAGACGUUUGCAUUUGUGUUAUUUAAAGAAACGAGUCAACUGACAAUUUUGACCUUUUGUUGAAACAAGAACAUAUGCUUUUAGUUUAUGCGUUUAGCUUAAUUACCAACGCCACUUUGUUCUUAUUAUUUGAAGUAUUUUAUUUGCAUUUGAAAACACAGACAAAGUGAGACUGACCUGUUGGCUGUUCAAGUAAAAUGUGCAAUGGUUGAGUCUUCAUUGAUGGCAGAAGAGUAGUGGGGCAAACUGAGCUACUGGUGUUUACUGUUUUCUUUACGAUGAAAAUUUCAUCUUUCUCUUCAGUGUUUUGAAUCUGUCCGUCUUGAGACCAACACCAAACCUUGUGUAUGGAUAAAGACACUAAAGACUGUUAUAUUUCAGUAGUGUUAGGAGACAUGACAGUCUCAAGCUAUAGGCUAUUAAAAGCUUGUGCGUGUUUACGAGCUCACAUUUGGUUUUAUCACCACCAUAUGUUCUAUCAUCUGCAAAGAACUCUGUAGCUCAUUCCUCUCUUCAUCUAGCCACAAAAAGGGAAACUCUGAGGCAUUUUUGUCUUCUCAGCACCUCAGACCAACAGAAUUGACAUUUCAACGCUCUUUGGAUAAAGGGAUCGAUGGCAUUCUUGAAUUUUUGGGAGAAGGAUGAUGGACGUUUUUGACCCUCCCAUCAUGUAUACAACCCAUUUUAGAAGAACCACCAAGGUUUGGGUUCCAAUUUCUUUGUACGUUUUGGAGCUAUUCCUUGCUGGAUCUGUAACCGUAUGGUCUUGUAUAUGAAGUCAUUUUAUGUAUGUUUAUUAAUUUGUAUCUAUCUAUUUUCUGGACAGCUGGCAUGAUGUAAAAAUAAGGACUUUCUCUUCACACAUUCUCUUCAGUGUGUGCUUGGUUGACGUGAGAGAAAAUAAAUGGAAAAAACUUUUUUUUUUAAAAAAGUACGAAAUCUUAAUGAAAUUUCUCGUAUAAUAUCCCUGCUGAAUGUUUAGUCCUUGUUAAACUCUUUAAAAAUACUGUUAAUAUUUUUCCAUGUGAUUUCCAAUAUUUUGGAGCUUAUAUGAGACUGUAUAUGUCCCUUUGCUGUGUAUUGAGUAACCCUAAACAUUAACAGUUCUAAUGAUUGAAAAUAGACAAAGAGACAAUGCAAAGGGAUGUAUAAUUAUCCUAUAACAAGUGUUUUUAUUGAGAGCAGAGAGCAUUUGCCAAAUUUUGAUUCCCGCAACCAAAAGGAAAGUUGAAAUAUUGCCUUUCUUCAAAGUGUAGUGAGGGUGUAUGUCUUUUAAUGAGGUGCAUUUAUUGUACUGCGUGAUGCAUAAUCAGGAGAGACGCGGCAGCCAGAUGUGAGUGAAAGAGAUUUAAAUGUGUAGAUAUUUAUUAAAAAGCCGCUUGGAAACUCAAGUUGUGGGCCACAGUGAAGAGAAUUGAAGGAUCAGGGUUUUCAGAUAUGAACAUUAACACCUUUUUCUCUCUUUCAUUUACCAUAGAUUAGAAAGAAUUUACUAUAGUAUGACAUCAUUAACAUGCAUUGCCUGACACAGACUACCAUUUUAAGUGAGUUGAAGAAGGAGGCUUAAAGAGACAUUGAAGCCUCACAAGCAGCAGGGUUAACUAUGGCAGUGCGGAGUUAGAGAGUCUUAAUGGUUAUGUGAAGCUGAGCAAUGUUUAGACUUUUGUAAAUGUGAAGGUAGAUGCAUGCAAGCGGGCAGCUAAAUUGUCGGAUUAAUCAAAGUGUUGAUUAUAGACAUUAUUGGAAACAACACGGAGCAUAUAGGGCUUGGUAAAGAGUGUUUCAGAUAGGUAAAGAUAGUAUUAGCUUGAGUUAAACAGCAUCUCAACAUGGCUCAGCUGAGGUUUGAAUGUAGAAUGCUUGAAAUGUAAACCCAUGCGCUUGCCCGCUUCCCUGUAAAAUCCACAUUGAGCAUUCUCCAACUCAAUUUUAUUGUGUGCAAAACUUUUAUAAUGUAUCUUCAAUCAACCUGAAUCCAAAUCGUCUCUUGAGUGCUAUGUUGAAGAUGUAUUUUAUUUUUGUAAGGAGAGAGGUAUUAUUCCGAGAAGGAGGAGAGAGAGUCAGGGAGGCGGCGUGGGCAAAACCCGCUUUUAGAUUUUCGUGAAAAUGAGGGCUUGUUCAGCUUACAAUGGCCUUAUUUUGUGUAGGAGACAUUGCUUCACUAUUGUAGCACACAACUGAAAGUUUUGACAAAUGUAUUUUGCUUGAAAUAUUGUACUGAAGUCAUAUAUGUGUAUAUGUAUAGUUUUAUGAAUGUAUUUCUUAAUCCUUACACCAGAACUGAGUGUAAUUUUUUUUGUCACCUUGUAUACCGUAUUUAUGAAGACUUUCCAGGGACCUCACCUGCAUUGGUUCAGGCAGCCCCUACUUUUACUGUACUGUAUACUGUAUGUCUUAUUUCUUUGUGUGUUCAUUUAAAAGAACAGUUCUGUGGUUAAAAAGAGCAUGAACUCUGUCUGGCGAAAUGCAUUUUUAUUUAUUUAAAUCGCCACGAUGGGUUUCAAACAGAAAGGAUUGCUUAUGCCCCCUUGCACCAAUUAACUUAGUGAUUUAUCUAUCAAGCUGAUGGAAUUGUUAUGAUUUUUGUACUUUGAACUAGAAAAUGUUUGCCGCAUGGUUACUCUGAUGAUUUUCUUGUAUUUAAUCUUUAUGAUGGUAUGAUUCUGAUGAUAAUAAUUAUGAUAAUGACAAGUGAUGAGGAAGUCAAUAAGACCUAGUACAAUAUCAAAGGGAAUUCAUUGAGAUGCAAACGAAUUGUCAGAAAUGCUGUAUCUUAAAGUAGCAUGGACUUAGCCUUCCAUUUUCUGAAAUACUUCUGGCAAUAACCACUGGCUGUAGCCACUACUGUUGCUGGGGCCUUCACUUCUGGCCUCAUCCUCUUUCUCACUCAUUACAGUUGGGUCAUGGCAAUCUCAGGCUGAAUCUGUAUCAGCUGACCAUGAUGACAAAUUAAGUCACAUUUUCAAGCAUUAGAAGCAAUUUAGACUCAACAGAGCAUGCAAUGCAUUGUGAAUAACUGCUAUUUUAUGAUAGCCCCUAUGAACAACACAUUUCUAUUUUUGAGUUUUUGUUUUACUUUCAUUUUCUAAUGACGCAUGCAUUCCAUAUGUCUGUUUGCCAAUGUAGCAGCUGUCAACGAGAACAAAACAGACAUCAUUUCUGAGCUGAUGAGCAAAUUGGAGUUUUUGCAGCUGAAUAUGCCAGUUUGUCUUCAUCCACGUCUAUAAAUGUCUGUAAUCACAGCACAAGUUUCCUGAGUAGCCAUUCAGUCCUUUUAGCUGUCUGUCAGACUAUAUUAAGGCCACUGUAGCUCCCCUCCCCACUGUCAAGACAACCUUCAUCUUAUCCAGUCCAGCAAAGCACAAACCUCCUGAAUACAACCUUAACUAAUGGCUUAAUGUGGAACCUCAAAAUAAAGUUAAUCUUUAUUGGUAAGGUUUUGAUUAUAUUUAACGACAUUCCCAAGCACCUAUGGUAGGUUGACAUCUUGGAAUCAAAUGUAAGAGAUGGGAGCAUGAAAACAUGCAGCCCAGUUAAAUUGGAUUGCUGGUGUUGGUAGAUGAGUGGUUGUCUUUCCUUAACCGGCCUUAACCUUUCCAUCGAGGAGUGUUCACAGAAUACGUUUUAAAAGGGCAAAGCAAAGUAGACCGUCUGAUGAAAGGAUGCGGUUUAUGGCGAAGAAGGAAAAGGGAGCUGUAAUUUUAUACCUGUGCUUUGUAAAUGUUUUCUAUGUGCAGUAUUUGAUAAUGUAAAACUGGUAUUUUUGUGGUUUGUACGCUGCAGAAUUGAUUACUUAAGGUGCACGUAGUUUUGUAAGAAAAUAGAACCAAACUGAGGAAAAAAAACAACAAUUUCGGAUUCAGAAGCCUGUAUUUGCAUGCCCUUUGACAUCUGGAGUCAAUAAAGUUUAUUUGAAUCACAAA